GUAGAGCUCAAUGGAAUGAAAGACAUCCAGAACAGCCGCAAGGAGGACGGCCGGGAGACGUCCAGCAGGGGCCGGAAGGACACGUGCUGGAACCGCAAAAAGAAUCACCAGAAACAGGAGACUGAGGAAGAGCCAGAUCUGGAUGACCACAAACUCAGCAGUGAAGACCUGGAAAAGAAAUAUGGAACCAACAUCAUGAUGGGUCUCUCCAGUACCAGAGCUGCAGAGCUCCUGGCUCACGACGGACCCAACACCCUCAGACCUCCCAAGGAGACGCCAGAGAUUGUCAAGUUCCUCAAGCAGAUGGUGGGGGGCUUCUUGGUCCUCCUGUGGAUUAUAGUCAUCACAAGUUGGAUCAUCUAUGGGAUUGAGUACUCUGUGGACCCCUCCGCAAGCCAAGACGAUGUGUAUUUAGGUGCUGCAGUGGGCCUGGUUAUUAUUUUAACGGGCACAUUUGCAUACUACCAAGAAGCCAAAAGCACCAACAUCAUUGCCAGCUUCAGUAAAAUGAUUCCUCAGCAAGCUCUUGUCAUCCGAGACGGGGAGAAGAAGACAAUCCCCUCAGAGCAGCUGGUGGUGGGGGACAUAGUGGAGAUUAAAGGAGGAGACCAGAUUCCUGCAGACCUCAGAUUGCUGUCUUCUCAGGGGUGCAAGGUGGAUAACUCAUCACUCACAGGGGAAUCGGAGCCCCAGUCCCGGUCCUGUGAUUGCACCCAUGACAAUCCCCUGGAAACAACGAACAUUGUCUUCUAUUCUGCAGCCUGUCUGGAAGGCUCGGCAACUGGCAUGGUCAUCAACACGGGUGACCGCACCGUCAUUGGACAAAUUGCCUCCCUGGCUUCAGGAGUUGGAAACGAGAAGACACCCAUUGCCAUUGAGAUCGAGCAUUUUGUUCAUAUUGUGGCAGGAGUGGCUGUUACCAUUGGCUUCAUUUUCUUCAUCAUCGCAGUGUCCAUGAAGCAUCCUCUCUUGGACUCCGUCAUCUUCUUUGUUGGCAUCAUGGAAGCCAAUGUGCCUGACUGUUUCCAGGCUACGGUCACCAUGAUGCUGACGCUGACAGCAAAACGGAUGGCCAAGAAGAACUGCCUGGUGAAGAACCUCGAGGCGAUGGGGACCCUCGGCUCCACCUCCAUCAUCUGCUCUGACAAGACAGGGACUCUGACGCAGAACAGGAUGAGCGUGGCCCAUCUGUGGUUCGACAAUCAGAUUUUCGUAGCUGACACCAGUGAAGCUCACACUAAACAGACCUUUGACCAAAGCUCAGGAACCUGGACCUCCUUAGCCAAGAUAAUCGCGCUGUGUAAUGGAGCUGAGUUCAAGCCAGGACAGCAAAGUGUGCCCAUCCUGAAGAAAACUGUCAUGGGAGAUGCCUCAGACGCUACUCUCUUGAAAUUCUCGGAGGUCAUAUUGGGCGACGUGAUGGAAAUUAGGAAAAGAAACCGUAAAGUAGUCGAAAUCCCCUUCAACUCCACCAACAAAUUCCAGCUCUCCAUCCAUGAGACGGACGACCCCGAUGACAAUCGCUUCCUCGUGGUGAUGAAAGGGGCCCCUGAGAGGAUCUUAGAGAAGUGCAGCACCAUCAUGAUCAACGGCCAAGAGCAGCCCCUGGACGAGAGCUCAGCGGAGGCCUUCCACACAGCCUACAUGGAGCUCGGAGGCCGGGGCGAGCGCGUGCUGGGUUUCUGUCCCCUCUACCUGCCAGCAGAGGAGUUUCCAGAAACGUAUUCAUUUGACAUAGACGCCAUGAACUUCCCCACCUCCAGCCUCUGCUUCGUGGGGCUCUUGUCUCUCAUCGAUCCUCCCCGGUCCACUGUGCCGGAUGCAAUCACCAAAUGCCGGAGUGCUGGCAUCAAGGUGAUCAUGGUGACAGGUGACCAUCCCAUCACAGCCAAAGCCAUCGCCAGGAGUGUGGGUAUCAUUUCAGCCAACAGCGAGACAGCGGAUGACACGGCAAAACGUCUCAACAUUGCUGUGGAGCAAGUGAACCAACGGGAUGCUAACGCCGCCGUGGUGACUGGCACAGAGCUGAAGCGCAUGAGCUCAGAACAGCUGGAUGAGAUCCUGGCCAACCACUCCGAAAUCGUCUUUGCCCGGAUGUCCCCCCAGCAGAAGCUGACUAUCGUGGAGGGCUGUCAGAGACUGGGCGCAGUGGUUGCUGUGACAGGGGAUGGCGUUAACGACUCCCCAGCUCUCAAGAAGGCCGAUAUUGGCAUCGCCAUGGGCAUAGCGGGUUCUGACGCAGCCAAAAAUGCAGCCGACAUGGUCUUACUGGAUGACAACUUUGCGUCCAUCGUCACAGGGGUGGAGGAAGGUCGUUUGAUCUUUGACAACCUAAAGAAGAGCAUUGCUUACACCUUGACUAAGAACGUGGCCCUGCUUUGCCCCUUUUUGGUCUACUUUAUUCUUGGGGUCCCCCUUCCCAUUGGCCCCAUUUCUGCCUUGCUCAUGGACUUGAGCACAGACAUCAUUCCUUCCAUUGCCUUGUCUUAUGAGAAAGCGGAAAGUGACAUCAUGGACAGGAAGCCUCGCCACAAGGAGGACAGACUGGUAGACAAGGCCCUUGUCAUCUACUCGUCCCUGCACAUCGGCCCCAUGCAAUCCCUGGGAGCAUUUGCUAUUUACCUCACCGUGUACGCACAGGCAGGGUUUAAACCCAGCACUCUCAUUGGCCUCCGGGAAGAAUGGGAAGAUGAUGAUGUGAACAACCUGGAAGACGACUAUGGACAAGAAUGGACACGGUACCAGCGACAGUACCUGGAAUGGACAGGCUACACGGCCUACUUCGUUGCCAUUAUGGUCCAGCAACUAGCGAAUCUGAUCAUGAGGAAAACCCGGAGGAACUCCAUUUUCCAGCAGGGUCUCUUCAGAAAUAAAGUCAUCUGGGUAGGGCUCGCCUCGCCAAUCGGCAUAGCACUCAUCCUCUCCUGCGGCCUUGGGAGUCUCCCAGCCCUGAAUUUCACGAUGCUCAGGGUUCAUUUUUGGUUCAUGGCUGUGCCAUUUGCAAUUUUGCUCUGGGUGUACGAGGAGGUGCGGAAACUUCUCAUCAGGCUUUACCCUGGAGGAACUUAUAUUAUUAAGACCAUCUUGUUUCCCAAGUUUCCCACCUGCACACUGAUUAUGUUCUCAUCUUUUGGGCACAAGCUAGAAGAUUCCUCGGGCAAUAGGGACAUCAUCAAGAAUUCAUACAAGAAGAGGAAGAAAAUUGUAUGA